GUCCCUGCCUUUUUUUUUUAUAUGAUAAUUAUUCUUAUUAUACAGUACACGUAAACCAUGCCUAAUCUAUCUUGACAUUUGGUAUCUUCACGAGAAGCGGAGAGAAUAAGAUUUUGAUUCUACAUUUUUGGUUAACAAUCGAAUGGUAUUUCUUUUUUUGGAUUUUCUUUGACGCAGGAAUAUUUUGGGCUGCGUUCCCAUCAAAAUAAGAUCGCAAUCCCGGAAACGUCUCCGAAGGCCGAUGCUGAGAGGCUAUAUAUUGCGCUGUUCAUUUGCGGCCGCGCAGUGAUCGCCAGUGCGCUGUAUUGACCGUGACUUUACUAAUAUAUAAAAUGCGUCUUCUUAUCGUUGCCGUAACAUUGGCCGUGGCCCAAGCUUACCCUGGCCUGCUAUUCAUCCCUCCAUUACAACCUCUGGGCAUACAAUACGCCCAGACGUCCGGUCCGGCUGUCCGCCCUCACCCAGCAGUCGAACAAACCGCAGCCAGCGAAGCCUUGUUACCAAGGGAGCUUCUUAAAUCGAGAGAUUUUUACGACAACCCUAACAUUGCCGCCGGACUGGCCAAAGAGUCCUGGUUCACAAACAAAGAGAUGCAAGUUAUCGAGAGAGAAGCAGAAAAGAUACCGAGGGAGAGUAUUUAUCAUAUCGUCAAAAACGCAGGAUUUUUAGAUAGACAUUAGAUAUUUACAUCAGUAUAGAUUAAUAGAAAUAUUAACUUAUGAUUCAUGGUAUGUGUGAUAUUAACUAGGUUAGAUAAUCUGUAGUGGACCUAGUGAAUCUGUACUCGAAAGAAAAUUCUCAUGGUUUUGUAAAAAAUAUGCCUUCCGCAAGCUAAUUCUGUUAAGUCAUUCGUUAUCUUAUGAAGUAGCCCUUGACGUGUGGGUCAACUUUGAUGUUAUACGGAAUGAAUGUUGAUUAUUAACGUAGUUUUAAUCUUGUAUAUUACCAUUUAACUGUUGUAAGAUGCUAGCGGCUCUUUGGAAAUAACACCAUCGCUUCGUUUCUAAAUACAUGUCGAAACAUUUUAACUAUGUUCUUAGAUUACCUCAGUCUAUGUAAUUGUUAGUUUAUAUGCCCAGAGAGGCAGACGAGCUCACGUCUCAUCUAAUGCUAAGUUGGUAUCGAAGACUAUAGUCACCGCAAUGUAAAUGUCGCCAGUUUGGGUGACUUAAGGUGAAGUUCCAACUGCAUUGUCACAAUAUUUGUCUUUCCGUCCAAACCGGAACGCAAGAUUGCUUCGCGGCCCAAGUAGCCAUGAUAAUCAUGGUGGUUUUAGUUAAUUGUUACCUUCUUUGAUUUGGUGGUGCAGUCGUUAGCGCUCCUGGCUGUUGCGUCGAAGGUCGUGGGUUCGAUUCCCACAUCGGACAAACAUUCGUGUGACGAAUAAGUUUUUUUGCUCUUUGUCUGGGUGCUUUUUUUUAUAUGUAUAUAUUUAAACCUAUAUAAGUAUGUAUGUCAAUCUCUGGUACCUAUAAAACAGGGAAUCCUAAUUUGAGUUCGGAUGACUGUGCGUGAUUUGUUCCCAUUUAUUAUUAUAUUAUUAUUAUUAUUUUGUAGGAUAGACUUGUUUUAUUAAUAUAGUAAUUAAGUAGUUUAAGUGUCGUAUGUAAUUAAUUAAGUUACUAACUAGGUUAUCAAGAACAAUAACUAUGAAUGUGUGUUCUUUAGAAAAAUUUGGGUAAACAGGUUAGGUUUAAGUUAGUUUACUGACGAUAGUAAAAUCUUUAGACUUUAGAGGUCGUAUAUCGUAAACUUUAAUUUUAUAUUUUUUUUUAUUAAAAAUAUUUUAGAAUUUAAGUAUUUAAAUACUGUGAUCUCGAAACAAUAAGUGCAAUAUUGUAAGUUAUUGUUUCAUAUGUUUUGUUAAUAAAGACCCUGAGUUGUUAAUA